AUGGUGGCGGCGGCGCCCUCUGGUGGCGGAGGAGGAGGGGGGAGAUGGUGGCGGCGGCGCCCUCUAGUGGCGGAGGAGGGGGGAGAUGGUGGCGCGGCGGCGACCUUCCCCUCACGCAUCCCAUCCCCCCUCGUCAUCCCGGAUCCCACCGGACCCGAGGCGUGCGGGCGCGGCGGUGACCUGCAAGGGAAGGGCGACACUCGAAUCGAUCCAGCCAUGGAUCGGUCCCUGCGGGAGAAAGAGAAAAUGAGGGCCUCCGUGUUCAACAAGAGGAGCCGGGGUUGCUGA